ACACAAAUUCGCAGCAGAGCAGAACAAAUCAAAAGAAAACAUUUGACGCAGGAAGCAGAAGUGCAAAACAGUUUAAAAAAUGCAAAGAUCUCCAAAGAGGCCCAAAAUCAGUGAAGCUCCGACAGCAACUCUCUUUUCACCGCCGGCAGCUCCACCGCUAAGAUUGACCCAAGAGCAGGAGUUGGCCGUGAUGGUUGCUGCUCUCAAAAACGUAGUUUCUGGCACCGCUUCAAUGGAUUUCUCAAGGGAGAUAAAUAUUAUUAAUAUGCCAAUCACCUCUUCACAUCCACAAUUUGGAAGUGCAAGCAGUAGCAGGGAUGGUUUUUGCAACUCUAUAUUGCCUCCGUCUUCGGAUCUUGACACGUGUAGUGUUUGUAAGAUCAAAGGGUGCUUAGGAUGCAACUUUUUCCCGCCAAAUCAAGAAGAUAAAAUGGACGACAAGAAAGGCAAACGAAAGAGAGUAAAGAAGAAUUAUAGAGGUGUAAGGCAACGGCCAUGGGGAAAAUGGGCUGCAGAGAUAAGAGAUCCACGGAAAGCGGCAAGGGUUUGGUUAGGGACGUUUAACACUGCAGAGGAGGCGGCAAGGGCCUAUGAUAAGGCAGCCAUUGAUUUUAGAGGGCCAAGAGCUAAGCUUAAUUUUCCAUUUCCUGAUAGUGGUAUUGCUAGUUUUGAAGAGAGUAAAGAAAAGCAAGAGAAGCAGCUGGGAAUCAGUGAGAAGAGAAGUGAAAUUGAAACGGAAAUGGGGAAAGACAAUGAGUUCUUGGAUAAUAUUGUAGACGAAGAGUUACAAGAAUGGAUGACGAUGGUGAUGGAUUUCGGUAAUGGUGAUUCUUCCAAUUCUUCCGGUACCGCAAGUGCUGCUGCUACCAUUGGUUUUUAAUUAAACUUUCAGGGUUUCGUAAUGUUAAUUUAGGUUCCUAAGAAUGGCAACUGUAAGAAAUUUUCGAUUCUUUUGUUAUUUUUCAAGAAAGAAUCAUCAAGUCGCUGGUCGUAGAAUGUUAACUUGUACAAUUCUUACUGUACAAUUUAAGGAAAUUUGUACUAAAUUGUUGUUUCGAGUGGCA